AAAAGGAUGUUGUGCGAUGGGCUCGAUUCGAUGCUUAUGAAAAUGAAUUUGUCUGUUAAUGGGAUGUGAUAAGAGUGGUGAGUAUAGGUGGGUGUCCCUUCAAGUUUUGUUCCAAGCCAAUGGUUGGAGAACAAGACUCAACGGUAGAGUUGAUUUGUGAGAUUCAUAAUCAUAAAUUGACCAACUCAUGUCCCAAAUGAUUGAAUACAACUGAAAAGACACUUAUGUCACGAAGUCAAUGUUCGAACCAAAAAACAUAUUGAUGCUCCAGUUAAAUGAAUAUGUCGCUACACUUUCCAUUCGAAGUCAUGUCGGAACCCAAGACAUCUGAAGUGCUGAUCAGCUGCGCCAAAGAUACAUACCAAGGUUUUGCGGGCGAUCUCUUAAGAUCUCUCGAAGUAUGCGGAUUCUCCGUUAAGGUAGUCUCAGAAGACCAUCGGGAUCUUAAGGAAGAGGAAACUGAAUGCGUCAGGAUUUUCAUUAUUGUUUUUUCCCAUCACUAUGCAACUUCUUCAUCUCGUUUGGAUAAACUUACCGAGAUCGUAAAUAAGUACGGUGCGGCAGAAGAUCGACGCAUUUUUCCAGUUUUCUUCGAGGUGGAACCGUCUCAUGUACGCUUUCAAAAAGGUAGUUUUGAUAUAGCCUUUGAUUCUCAUGCCAACCAUGUGGAGCCUGGGUGCUUAGACAGGUGGAUAAUUACUCUGAAAGAAGUAACUGAUUUUUCUGGCUGGAGUCUCAAUCGGUCCGGGAAUACAUAUCAACACCAGGUUAUUGAGAAUAUAGUUCAAAAGGUCUCUGACCAUGUUUCUUGCUCAGUUGGAUUACCUUGUCGAGUGGAGAAAGUUAAUGAUCUUUUGAAAUCUGAAUCUGACGAUAGAGUGAGGGUUUUGGUAUAUGGAGAAGCUGGAAUAGGCAAAACAACUGUAGUUCGUGGAGUUUGUCGUUCCAAUGGGGGGAAAUUUGCCUAUUAUUGCUUUCUUGAGAAGGUGGGAGAAAAUUUAAGGAAUCAUGGAUCAGUACAUCUCAUAAGGAUGCUUUGCUCUAAAAUAAUUGUUGACAAUGAUAGUGAGUCUGGAACUGAAGAAGAAAUAUUACGGAAGAAGGGAAAACAACUGGGAAAGUCUCUUUUGGUUUUUGAAGACAUUUUUGAUCAAGAGCAGUUGGAAUACAUUGUUAAAGUAGCAUAUGACUGCUUUAGUUUCAACUCCAAAGUCAUCAUUACAGCUGAGAAAAAUUGUUUCCUAAAAUGUCCUGAGAUUGAAAUAUAUGAGGUAGAAAGGCUCACAGAGAAAGAGAGUAUUGAAUUGUUUAAUUUGAAAGUGUUUAAUUCUCGGUAUCUAGAAAUUACGUAUUUGGGAAUUAUCGCACGAGCAGUAACUAUGGCUUCUCGGGUUCCAUAUACUUUGGAACUGAUAGCUUCCUACUUUCGUGAAAAAAGUGCAGAACAGUGUCAGUAUAUAUUAGAUGAAUUUGAAAAAAUUCCAAAUGAAAACAAGAAACAAGUGAUAGUUCAAAUGAUCUUUGAUGCUUUGAGCAAUGAUCAGAAGAAAAUGUUAAUUCAUAUUGCCUAUAACCUCAUUGGACAAAAAAAGGCAAUAGUUGAAGACAGACUUCAUCAUCUUUUUGGUGUCUGGGCAAAAGAUGGUAUUAACAUGUUGCUUCAUAAAUCUCUUGUAAAGAUUGAUGAGCAAGGUCAGGUGACAAUGCACCACUUGACACAUAACAUGGUAAAAGAUAUGGAGUAUGGCAAAAAAGAAGACCAACCUGCAUCAAAUUAUGGUAGCAUGUGUGAUUCGGUGGAAUUGGACAAAAACGGGCAUGUCAUGGAAGAAACCCAACCUUCCUCAAAUGAUUACGAACCUAUGGAAUGUGAAUAUCAAAAUUGUUCUACCUCCUCUUCUUGAGAUCCUUCAUGAUGUUAUUUAAGAUCUGCUUCCCUCUUUUCCAAGAUGGACGAGAGGCGAGGCGGCACAUCCUCUUUUCUUUUUCUUUUUUUUAUUCUGAGGAGGGCUUAAUGCCCAGGAAAACUGAACAGAAAUCGAACGGGACAUAGGGAGCCCCAUAAUGUCCUUAACCAAGAGCAUAUCACACCCAGGAGGCGGCGAGCUCUUAACAUGCAGGUCAAUAUCUUCAUGAAAGGUGACACAUCUGAAUCACCCUGGAUUAGUUUUUGGCUUGAAGCCAUAGGUUUUGAUAGUAGUGAUGUAGGUGGUAUUGGGGGUUCUCCUCGUAACUCUCCACUGUCUAGUGACUCUGGUGAGUCUUAUAACUCCUUCUGACCUUUCAAAGUUAGAGUUAGAGCUACAUUCCUUUUGGGUGCCUAAGGAUGUUUUGGAUCAUGUCUGGUAUAGUUUUGUUGUUCGUUAAGUGAUUGUAGUGUUUGUAUGUAACAAUCAUGUCGGAUUAGGUCCUGCUGGAGUUAUUCGUGAUAUUUUGUAUAUAGUUACAUGUCACAUGUGUCUGCUUUGUAGACCUUGAUGCUCUUAUAUUUAUAAGUGGGAUGCAAGUUUGUACCUGCUUGUUUUAUAUUACACAA